AUGCAGGGAAUAUUUGUCCUAGGAUUGCCAUAUGCUCUUCUCCACAGUGGAUACAGUGGCCUGUUUCUUAUUAUCUUGGCUGCAGCAUUAUGCUGUUACACAGGCAAAAUUCUAAUUUCUUGCCUGUAUGAAGAAAAUGAAGAAGGGCAGCUCAUAAGAGUGAGAGACACGUAUGAAGAUAUUGCAAAUGCCUGCUGCAAAAAGCUGUCUCCCAAACUAGGUGGCAUAGUUGUCAAUGUGACCCAAGUGAUGGAACUGAUCAUGACAUGUAUUUUGUAUCUGGUUGUUAGUGGGAACUUGCUGUCACAUAGUUUCCCAUAUGUACCAGUGAAUGAGAAAACUUGGUCUGUAAUUGCAUUUGUUACACUGCUGCCUUGUGUAUUUAUCAAGACUCUCAAAAUUGUUUCCAAACUCAGCCAGCUUUGCUCCUUGGUCCAUUUUAUUAUCAUCCUUGUAGUGAUGACUUACUGUCUGACACAAGUACAUCAGUGGUCCUGGGCAAAAUUCAGACUCUCCAUUGAGUUUGAGGACUUCCUGGUCUCUGUGGGGGUGAUCAUUUUCAGUUACACUUCACAAAUAUUUCUUCCCACACUUGAAGGUAACAUGAAAAACCCAGGGGAAUUUAGAUAUAUGCUGAACUGGACUCACUUUUUUGCUUGUGUCUUGAAAACAACCUUUGCACUGACGGCAUUCUUGACCUGGGGUGAAGAGACAAAGGAAGUUAUUACUGACAACCUGCCAUCAUUUCUUCAAACCCUAGUGGAUUUGUGUCUCUUAACUAAGGCUCUUCUUUCCUACCCUUUGCCCUUUUUUGCAGCCACAGAAAUUGUGUACACUUGUAUUUCUAGAGGCAAUCAUUCCAAUUACAGAUCUCCAUUGUUUGCUCUGGGUAUAAGAGGCUCAUUUCUCCUGUUAACUCUGCUGAUGGCCAUGUUCAUACCAUAUUUUGCCCUGUUGAUGGGUUUAACAGGCAGUGUAACUGGUGCUGCCAUGACUUUUCUUCUUCCCUCUAUCUUCCAUUUAAAACUUAAAUGGAAGAAACUAUCCUUCUUAGAGAAAUGUGCAGAUAUCUCUGUUUUUAUUUUGGGUUUCCUUUGUAGCCUUGCAGGCAUAGUUUGCUCAAUAAAAGGGCUGAUUGAAGUAUUUGGAGGAGUGUAA